CGCGUCGGAGGAUGGGCAGCCGCUCUCUGGCGGAGGACUACCGGCUGGGGCUGGAGCGGGAGCGGCGGCGGGGCGGCGGCGGGGUGUGCGCCGACCCCACCCUGCGGGCCGUGCUGUGGCAGAUCCUGGUGGAGGACUUCGACCUGCACGCGGUGCUGCACGACGAUGCCCUGGCCCUCUUCACCGACGGCCUCUGGGGCCGCCGCGACCUCGCCCCCGCCCUGCGGAGCCUGGCCCGGGCCUUCGAGGUCCUCGAGCUGGCCGCCGUCAACCUCUACCUCUUCCCGUGGAGAAAGGAGUUCAACACCAUCAAGAUGUUCUCGGGGGGCUACGUGCACUCCCUGAAGGCGGUGCUGUCGGAGGACCUCAUCACCAAGAGCUUCCAGAAAAUGGGCUACAUCCGGAGAGACGAUCACCAUUUGGUGGUGGCCUCUCUGCCCUUGGACUACCAGCUGAUUCAAGUGGCUCUGGGCUGCUUCGCCCUGAGGCUGGAGUGCGAGAUCUUGGGGGAGAUUCUGACCAAGCUGGGCACCAGCUUGGUGUCCGCGGAAGAGCUGAUCCAGGAGCGGCGAGCCAGCGUCGACGUGGACUCGUGCGUGGACAAGCUUCGGCGGCGGCUGGGACGGGGCGGGUCCACGCCCCCGGGGAGCUCGGCCUCUUACCCGCCUGGCAUCGACCUGUACCGGGACGCGCUGGCGAGAGAGGGCCCUGCCGAGGCGGCCGCGUACGGCGACCUGGCCGGCCCGGAAACCUCUCCUGCGGAACUGUCUUACCGCCCCCCGCUCUGGGAGCAGAGUUCCAAACUGUGGGCCGCCGACCCCCCGGCCUCCAGCUCCCGGGAGAUGCGGGGCAACGGGACAAGCUGGGAACCCGUGAGCGGGGACGAGCCGAGCCCGGAGACCCCGGCCUACGGGGACUUCGAGGAUCCCGACGCCGAAACGGCCACCUUUUCCUUCAUCUCCUUGCGGAGGGAGCUGAUCCGGACCGGUGACCUCAGGGCCGCAGACUACCCGGGCGCCGAGGACCGCGGGCCGGACCCGGGGCGGGCCAAGGCCAGCGGGGGCUACGAGCCCGCCGAGAGAGCCGGGGGGCUCCCCGCUUCUCCUUACGAGGUUGGGACCGAGCCCCAGCGGUACCAGCUCCACGGCUGCCUGCCCCGGGGUUCCCUGCCCGCCUUCUGCUGUGACACGUGCUGCCAGCUGCACGCCAGCGGCUGUGACGCCAUCAAGAGCUGCCGCCUGGGCCACCUGGUGCAGGAGCUUCAGAGCGACAGGCAGCGGCGCCUCUGGCUACAGAGGACGGAGGUGGACUCCAUGCUCUUCGAGGGGUUUCCCGGGGCCGGGGCCCGGCCCUAGGAGGGGGCGGCCGUCUCGGCCCCGUGGCCUGGACGGCAGCGGGGAGGGCGCUUAAACGAGCGUUCUCCCCCGGCUGGGGGCUGACCGCCUUCCUGGGUUAGAACCAAGCCUUUCCCCGUGACCCUCAGCCCUUGUCCCCGUAACACGACCAGAUACGGGGCAAACUAGAUGAAAAGCGAGGGGCACCGAAGCCGUCGGUAAAAGGCAGGGUGGUUCACUAGCGUGGGACUGCGUUUGAGCCCCUGCUAGCUCGGCUUCUCUGUACUGCCAAGCCCUGCCCCUUCUCAUCCCUUUGAGAGACAUACCUUUCCUGAAGCUGGGGCCCGUGGACAAAGUAUCUAUCCGUCGGUCAGUGGUAUUUAUCGAGUGCUUACUGUGCGCGUGGGGGAAGAAAAUAGACUUGGUAGACAUGACCCUGCCUCCAGAAGCAGAAAAUCUAAUGGACGCCCCCCCCGCCAGGUACCUCUGUGGGGUGAAGGCUUCCAAGGGUGGUGCCGUUUACUGUUUUACAUCUUCCUUCACUGAGUGGAUAGAGCACAGGCCUGGGAAUCGGAGGCCCUGAGUUCUAAUCCUCGCUCUAACCCCUGCCUGCUG